GAGAAGAGCAGAGCAGAGCGAAGCAAAAAAUUGAGGGAGGAAGGAGGAGAGGAGGAGGAAGAAGAAGAAGAGUAAUAGAGAUUCCCAAAUCUCUAUCAGAAACCCUAAUUUUUGAUUAAAAAAAUUUGUGGAUUUCUCGUGUCAAAAUUUGUUGUUUUUAAAUGAGUCGAUUAGGGUUUAUUAAAUGUAAAGCGUACCACGGAGAUGUAUAUUUGGGUGAAUUGGAAAAUUUACCCGCCAAAAAUCAAAGGCAUUUUCAAUUUCCGAAUGAUGAGAUACGAAUCAAUCACUUGUCUAUGUCUAGUGAAAGAUGUAUUCCGCUAUCGAUUCUCCAAACUAUUUCUCCAUUCUCCAUUCGUUGCAAACUCGAAACAGCAACACAACCAACACCACUGCCAAAUCCGAUCAACAAUGAGCAACCUCCAUUAACUCGUCUGCAUUACUCUUGUUUCCAUGAACUCAAGACUGCGGUUGUGGUGAUUGGAGAUGAAGAGAUACACUUGGUAGCAAUGCCAAGUAAACAGGAGAAGUUUCCGUGUUUUUGGUGUUUUUCAGUACCAUUAGGUUUAUAUGGAUAUUGUGUAGGAAUGUUGAAUUUAAGAUGUUUAGCAAUUGUAUUUGAUCUGGAUGAGACACUUAUCGUUGCUAAUACAAUGAAAUCAUUCGAGGAUAAGAUCGAAGCUAUUCAACGUAGGAUAUCUUGUGAAACUGAUUUGUUUAGAGUUCAAGGAAUGACGGCUGAAAUCAAAAGGUAUAUAGAUGAUAAGUUACUAUUGAAACAAUAUUUAGAAGGAGAUACAGUUUUUGAUAAUGGUAAACUACUUAAAGCUCAAACUGAGGAAGUUCCCCCGUUAUCGAAUAGUCAUGACAGAGUUGUUCGCCCUGUUAUAAGAUUGCCAGAUAGAAAUACUGUUCUUACUCGAAUUAAUCCAGAGGUUCGUGAUACAAGUGUGCUUGUGAGAUUGCGGCCUGCUUGGGAGGAUUUAAGAAGUUAUUUGACAGCAAAAGGGCGUAAACGUUUUGAGGUGUAUGUUUGUACAAUGGCUGAAAAAGAUUAUGCUCUAGAAAUGUGGAGGCUUCUUGAUCCAGAGUCACACCUGAUAAACCAUAAGCAAAUUCUCGACCGCGUUGUGUGUGUAAAAUCAGACUCCAAGAAGUCAUUGCUAAAUGUCUUUAGAAACCGAAUCUGUCAUCCAAAGAUGGCAAUGGUGAUUGACGACCGGCUGAAGGUGUGGGAAGACAAGGAUCAGCCUCGGGUUCAUGUUGUACCUGCAUUUACUCCAUAUUAUGCUCCUCAGGCAGAGACAGCAAAUGCAGUACCGGUUUUGUGUGUAGCAAGAAAUGUUGCCUGCAAUGUUAGAGCUGGGUUUUUCAAAGAAUUUGACGAAAAUCUAUUGAGAAAAAUCUCUGAAAUUUGCUAUGAAGAUGAAGUUGCAAAUUUGCCUUAUCCACCUGAUGUUAGUGAUUUUAUGAUGUCAGAGGAUGCUGGUUUUAUACCGAACGGCAACAGAGAUGCCCCCAUAACUGAGGGUAUGCAUGGUGCUGAAGUUGAACAGAGACUAAAGCAACCUGAUGACAAGAAAAUGGUGGAUUCAGCAGCACCUUUUGUUGGUAAUAAUCAUGAUUUGAGGCCUCACAUUUCGCAGCAACCAGUAACUGUCUCGCACGAUGUUACCUGGCCGACGGCUCCGAGAACCCUUGUGCCACUACAGAAGCCUAGUUUGAUUGGAGUUUCUGUGAGACGAGAAGUCAAUCCCUCAGAGUUAUACCCUGAGUCAGGGAGAAGAAUCAUCACCAUGCCUCACGGACAGGAUGUGCGGGAACUUGGGUUGGGUGACUCUUCAAAUCUAUCAAGACCACUUGUACAAGUAGCGGUACCAUCAGUCCAGGGUCGCGGAGGUUGGUUGGUGGAAGAGGACCCCAAUGUGGGACCUAGUAACCAAACGUUAAGGCAUCUUCAGGAUGCUGGUGCAUCAAAUCUUGACAAACAACGAGGUUAUCAUCGCAGUGUUGAGAAUUCCUUACCCUCUGGCACUCUUCCUCCCCUACCUCAAGUAAAGAAUGAACAGGAGUUUUUGGGACAUAAACGGCAGAAACUUAAUGAUCAACCGUCAAGCCAGUCUUUGCCGUCUGAACAAAAUGGGAUAAAUUUGAAUCAAGUGUCCAUUACCACCAGAGAAAAUGAAGCUGGAAAAGUGUUUCCUCCCUCUAUGUCUAUAGGAGUGCUGCAAGAAAUUGGUCGUAGGUGUGGCACUAAGGUUGAGUACAAAUUUGAUACAAGCACCAGUAAGGAUCUGCAGCUUUUCGUUGAGGUUUUGUUCGGUGGUGAGAAGAUUGGUGUUGGCAAGGGAAAAAUGAGGAAAGAUGCUCAGCAACAGGCAGCUGAGAAAGCUCUUCGCAGCUUGGCAGAUAAAUAUGUUGCACACAUUGCACCUGAGUCUGGAGCUGUGCACAAAGAUUUGGAUAAACUCUCCCUCGGAAUGGAAAAUGGAUUCAUAUGGGAUAUUGUGGAUCCAGCUAAGGAUGAGUUGUCGAAGGAGGUGGCUUUACCAAACUUAGGAAAUGGGCCUGGAAUGGAUGCUAUUGGAUUAAGCGGCGUUCAAAAAUAACAACCAGACAAAAGUCCUGUGUAUGGGGUAUUAUAUUAUCUCACAGUCACAUAUAGCAUUCAAAAGGGAACUGAAUUUAGUUGCGAAGUAUGAUGUCCGAAAAUUACAUCUAAAUUCAAAGACAAGUUCAUCAUGCAGUUCCAACUUGAGUAAUGCUGCAACAUCCAGGUAUUGCCACACUUUCAUCUCUUUUUGUGUUGUGCAAUUGUGAUAAUUAAUGAGACUACUUGACAUAUUUUUUUUUGAUAAUUCAUUCCAAAUCCAAGUCAGCAAUAACGUUCCGUUAAAAGAGUACAAGUGUCUUAAUCUGAGUGGAUAGUGUUGGUUAUGACGGAGUUCUUGAUUUUUCGUUAAAUGAAAAUAACCGCCUUUUUUUCCUUUACAAUUUCUCUCCUCAUUCUUAUUCGUGUUAAACUCUAAGUUGAGUUUCUGAACAACUGCGAAUUAGCUUCUUCCUCUCCGUAACUUUUUCUUCUUCGAAAAACCUAACAAUUUCUCUCCUCAUUCUUGUUCGUGUUAAACUCUAAGUUGGGUUUCUGACAACUGCGAAUUAACUUCUUCCUCUCCGUAACUUUUUCUUCUUCGAAAAACCUAACACACAGAGAAACAGACAAAUUCUGUAAGUUUUCUUUGAAUUUUCGACAAGUAUUGGAUCUUAUUUCGUUACUCAGCAGGAGAGGAUUCUGAUUGGCGAUCAAUCUUCUUCUUCGCUAAAAGAACCCUAAAAUCCACUACAUAAAUUGAUUCGAUUUUAUGUUUGUUUUGGUGGUAUGGUGUUUUGCAGCAGGACUGUUCUUGUUUUUCAAAUGUGCAAGUAUUCACUAACAUCUAGCCUAUGUCAUGAUUUUUUCUUUUGUAAUCAGAACCUGGGCAAUCCUACAGAGUGCCUAUGAGUUAAUGUAGUAUGUUCAGUUAUUUUUGUUUGAGAAGUUUGGGUUCAAAAUUAACUUAAUUAACUCUGGGUUCUAAUUGUUCCAUGGCAUGAUACUGAUGGUUUCUUUCUUCUAUCAAUAUCAGGAUCUAAUGGCCUUUAGGGGUUUUUGUUUUGAUGACCGCUUCGGGGGUUGACACAUGAGUUACUCGGAAAAAAUUAUCAUGUAAGUUUUCAAUUUUUAGGUUUUUACAUGUCUUUUUUUUUGCGUCAUAGGAAUAAAUUCUAUUAGGUAAAUUAUUAAAACGAAAAGUAGCCUUCAUUGUUAUAUUAGAUUCAGUGGCCAGACGAAUAAUUCCAGUCUCCAGUUCUCCAGAUUAUCUCUCUGUUUCAUUGUUAUAAACACUGCAGUUCUCCAUGUCUUUUUUUACAUGUCAUUUCUGCAUUUGAUUAUAUGUUCUAUUGUAGGAUUCUUUGUUAUUAUAUGUUAUACUAGUCCUAGAGCAAUAUGAGCUUCCAGAACGACCAACGAAUCUGGGUCAACCAAAUAUAAUAACAAAGAAUCCUGCAAUGAACAUAUAAUCAAAUGCAAAAAUGACAUGUAAAAGGACAUGGAGAACUGCAUCAUUUAUAACAAUGAAACAGAGAGAUAAUCUGGAGAAACUGAAGACUGGAAUUAUUCAUCUAGCCACUGAAUCUAAUGUAACAAUGAAGGCUAUUUUUCGUUUAAAUAAUUUACCUAAUAGAAUUUAUUCUUAUAUCGCAAAAAAAAGACAUGUAAAAACCUAAAAAUUGAAAACUUACAUGAUAAUUUUUUCCGAGUAACUCAUGUGUCAAUCCCCGAAGCGGUCAUCGAAGCAAAAACCCCUAAAGGCCAUUAGAUCCUGAUAUUGAUAGAAUAAAGAAACCAUCAGUAUCAUCCCAUGAAACAAUUAGAACCCAUAGUUAAUUAAGUUAAUCUUAAACCCAAACUUCUCAAAUAAAAAUAACUGAACAUACUACAUUAACUCAUAGGCACUCUGUAGGAUUGCCCAGGUUCUGAUUACAAAAAAAAAGUCAUGACAUAGGCUAAAUGUUAGUGGAUACUUGCACAUUCGAAAAACAAGAACAGUCUUGCUGAAAAACACCAUACCACCAAAACAAACAUAAAAUCGAAUCAAUUUAUGUAGUGGAUUUUAAGGUUCUUUUAGCGAAGAAGAAGAUUGAUCGCCAAUCAGAAUCCUCUCCUGCUGAGUAACGAAAUAAGAUCCAAUACUUGUCGAAAAUUCAAAGAAAACUUACAGAAUUUGUAUGUUUCUCUCUGUGUUAGGUUUUCGAAGAAGAAAAAGUUACGGAGAGGAAGAAGCUAAUUCGCAGUUGUUCAGAAACCUAACUUAGAGUUUAACACGAACAAGAAUGAGGAGAGAAAUUGUAAAGGAAAAAAAGGCGGUUAUUUUCAUUUAACGGAGAAUCAAGAACUCCGUCAUAACCAACACUAUCCACUCAGAUUAAGACACUUGUACUCUUUUAACGGAACGUUAUUGCUGACUUGGAUUUGGAGUGAAUUAUCAAAAAAAAAAAAUGUUAAAGUAGUCUCAUUAAUUAUCACAAUUGGACAACACAAAAAGAGAUGAAGGUGUGGCAAUACCUGGAUGUUGCAGCAUUACUCAAGUUGGAACUGAAUGAUGAACUUGCCUUUGAAUUUAAAUGUAAUUUUCGGACAUCAUACUUCACAACUAAAUUUAGUUCCCUCUUGAAUGCUACCUGUGACUGUGAGAUAACAUAAUACCCCAAACACAGGACUUUUGUCUGGUUGCCAUUUUUGAACGUCUUAACCUCGGGCCGCUUAAUCCAAUAGCAUCCAUUCCAGGCCCAUUUCCUACUAAAAAUUGAGGUUUUGCUUGGUCAAAGACGUGAUUUUCCUUGGUAAUAGUAUUAAAGAGUGAAACGAGGUUGAAUGCUCCUAUUGCUUCAUGGUAUUCGUUGGUGGUUUUGGAAAGUAUUUCGUGGGGAAAGGGAAACGAUGCAGUGGCCAAGUCAGUUGAACUAUGGAAUGAAGUAACUAAAAGAAAAAGGUUAUGCCCAGAUUGAAGAGCGCCACUGGACACCUACUUCUAUUAGUUUUGAAGUCGUUUGCAGGGAAGCAAAUUACCCUUCAGAUUUCCUCUCCCGUUUGCAAAACAGAGCAGGGAGGUGCACAGUAAGGAAAGCUGGAGAUCCAGAUUUCGAGAUUUCCUUCCUCGAGUAUCUCCUCAAACGAGAUCGGGAAGGAUAUUAUAUCAAGCACGAUGGUAAUUACCCAUUCAUGCAGCGCAAACCGAACAGACUCGCGAAGCUAACAGGUCAAGGCAAGGCAAGGCCAGUGAAGCUAAACCCUGGUUUUUACGGGAAGUUGAAACUAGUGUUGCGAUGGUUACUGGUAUUUGGAAGCAUGAUUGUGUACGUGACUUUUAAGAGGAAAAAAAGUUAACAGUUCACAUAUUAUGGGAUUUGAAGACUCAACUGUUGAUGAGUUGUUAAGAUUAUCUACUGGAUCUAAAGAAAGGUCUGAUGAAGAAAUGGAAUAUGGAAGAGGUGGUUUAGGCGGUGGAUUAAAAUCUUAUGGUGGUAGGUGGUGGUGAUUCAGAUGGAUCUUGGGGUGGUGGUGGUGGUAGGAGAUAUGAUGAUGAAAGCAGAGGACCACCACCCAGGGUUUCUGAUAAUUUGGCUAUGGGUAAAAUACCAUUAACUACUUCCAGGACUAGUAGUUUUGGUUGUGGUUUUGGGAGGGAUUCCAGUGAUAGAACUAGAAUGUCGCUUAGUCCACCUAGCGUUAUGGAAGGUGGUGCUUUGAGUGAGCCUGUGAAAUCGUCAAGGCCUAGUCCAUUUGGUGAGGCACGUCCUAGGGAAGAGGUAUUAGCUGGAAAAGGUUUGGAUUGGAAGAUUGUGGAUGCAGAGAUUGAUGCAAAGCAAACUACUAGCAUGCCAACAAGUGUUGAUUCUAGUCAGCCAACAAGUUCUUCAAGCAGGCCUCAGAGUCACGACCAAAGGGUUGUCGAUUUCACGGAUCAGAGGCCACUGUCACAGUCUGCCAGGUCCGAUGACUCGAGACAUAUGGAGCCAAGGGGAAGGUAUAGGUCCAAGCGAGGGGAUAGGUUGUAAAGGAGGUUGGUCGUGUGAAUUCUGCUUGAAAGGACGUUGUUUACUCUCAAUAGUAGAACGAGAGGCUCCACUGUGGUGGAGUUUGUAGGAGUUUCAUUAACUGGGUUACUCCCAAUCUGAUUCACAGUUUCCCCAAGUUGUCCUUCAGCUUCUAUAUCUUCAAUAUUACUCAUACUGUUAUUGUUUGAACUAUUUUUGAAAUUGCCAGGGAUAACAUAACCAGAGGAAUGAAAACAUUA